AUGGCUCGAUUCGGCGGACUAUCCGCCACGAGCAGAGGCAAGGCGCCUUUCCCAGUUCAGCAGAUGGCUAUCUUGGCGCUCUGCCGGAUAUGCGAACCCAUUGCCUUCAUGUCCAUUUUCCCAUACGCGUUUCAGAUGGUCAAGUCAUUCGGCUACAGCGAAGGCGAAGCAGCCAUGUACACGGGCAUGGUCACAUCGGCAUUUGCAUUCAUGGAGUGUGUCAGUGGCAUCUUCUGGGGCCGACUGAGCGACAGGAUUGGGCGCAAGAAGGUGCUCCUUGGAGGCAUGUUUGGCACCGGUUUGAGCAUGCUUCUUUUUGGUGUCGCCGGAAGCCUGCCAGUGGCUUUGUUCGCUCGGGCUCUUGGUGGCCUUCUCAACGGGAACAUCGGCGUCCUCCAAACAACCGUCGCUGAGCUGAUUACGGACGAGAGGCACCAGCCGCGCGCUUAUUCCAUCAUGCCUUUUGUAUGGUGCCUUGGCACCAUCAUUGGCGGCUCCCUUGGCGGAGUUCUCGCGCAACCUGCGCAGACAUACGAUUUCUUCAAGGGCACUGUCUUUGAAACGCACCCGUUCCUCUUGCCGAAUGUUGUCUGUGCCCUAGUCGUCGUUCUUGGACUCGCAGUCGGUAUUCUGUUCCUGCAGGAAACGCACGAGGACAAGAAGUACGAUGAGGACCGCGGUGUCGAAGCCGGCAAGUGGCUGCUGCGCAAGAUUCGGAGGUCGGAGCAAGAGGCGUCUUUCAACGACAAAGAUGCAUCGCUUGACGAGAUGACAUGCAUGUUGGAGGGCCACGACGUUCGCACGCAUGUGUACCGGAGCACCGACAGCUCGCCGACACUAUGCAGUACUCGUACAUCCCUGUCCGAGCCACCCGCGUUUUGUUUGGACCAGGAAAAGGCGCCGGCGCCGCCUGUACGACACGCGUUCACCAAGCAGGUCUGCCUGGUCAUCUUGUGCUACGGCAUUCUCGCUUUCCACACAAUUUCUCUGGAGCAGCUCCUCCCAAUUCUCAUGUCCAAGGCGGCAUACGUGCCAGGCACAGCCAACCUCCCAUUCAUGUUCGAGGGUGGGUUCGAAUGGCAGACGCAGAACAUUGGCGCUUUCCUUGCGAUGCAGGGCGCGAUGCAGAUGGUGGCGCAGCUCUUCCUCUUCCCCUGGCUCAGCAAGAAGCUCGGAAGCCUGCGGACCUUCUGGAUCACCAUGUGCCUGUACCCGGUUCUCUACGUGCUGGCUCCCUACCUCGCUCUCCUCCCCGAGAAGCUUCGCAUCCCCGGACUUAUUUUCUUGCUCCUCGGCAAGGUCACGUUCCAGUCGCUCUCGUACCCAUCUCUGGCGAUUAUCCUGGCCAACUCGUCCCCGUCCAAACGGGUGCUGGGGACUUUGAACGGCGCGGCAGCGUCUUCGGCCAGCGUGUGCCGCGGAUUCGGACCUACGAUUUCCGGGGCAGUCGACAGCUGGGGCGGCAGCCACCACAUGUCUGGCCUGGCGUGGUGGGCGGUUGCCAGCAUUGCGCUCGUUGGAUGGCUCCCUGGGGCGAUGCUCAAGGAGUCGAACAAGCCCACGAUCCGCCAAGACGACGAGGAGGCGCUGGUUGACUGCGCGUCUGACGCGGAGUCGGUGGCCACGCUGACGCCGGACGAGGAGGCGGAGAUGGUUCUCCGUAAGUAG